UUUGUAAUUUUCUGACUCGAGCAGUGCUACUCUUGAAGUCUAUACGUUAUGGUUGAAUGGCUGAAAUUCUGGUACAGAGGGCAGGCUCUCCAGAUGAAUUUACUAGGCGAACAACUAUUGCAUGGAUAAAUGAGUUUGUCAAACUUGGUGGAGACCAGUUUUGUCCAUAUUAUGCUGACAUUGUUGGAGCCAUUUUACCUUGUAUAUCCGAUAAAGAAGAGAAAAUUAGAGUUCUUGCUCGUGAAACCAAUGAAGAGCUACGCACCAUCAAGGUUGAUCCAUCUGAAGGGUUUGAUGUAGGAGCAAUUCUCUCCAUUUCCAGGAGGUGUGGUUUUUCUAACCUGAUAAAAGAGGCUAGGAGUAGGUUUUAAUUUUGUAAGACAUGCAAUUGAAAUAUUAUGGAUUUGUGUAGUGGCUACUUCAUCACUUUAGAAACUUUUGUUUCACUAGCAUGUGCACAGCCAACAUCUCCCAACCUCAAAUAUGAAAGUUAUUUAAAGAUUUGGGUGCAGAAUGUGCGAGC